UUUAGUAUGUGAGUGGUAUCGUUGUGCGUGAGAAAUUUGGGGAUUGUGUCUUUCAAGGAAUUUGCGUGUUUCAUUUAAAUGUACUGACAUAAAGCUGAUAUUACCUGUAGGAUCUGUAGUGAUGUUCCCUCUUUCAUUUUUGAUUUGGUAAUUUGUCACCUAGGAAUUGUGUGUGUAAUCACACAGUAAGGAAAGAUGAGGAGAAAAGAUGUUUGUGGGACAGAGGUGGAAGAAGAGUCAUUGAGAAAGGAGUAGGGAAGGAUCAGUUAAUGCAAUAUUUGACUAAUACUCCAGAGGUGCCUUGGAAGAAAGGCCUGGAGAUGCUUCCUAAAGGUCACAGCCUUAAAAAUCCUAUGGAGCACUUGAUAUAUUUCAAAGUUUUACUCUGCAAAACAUGGGGUUGCUAUGAGCAACUGUUUUAUGUUGCUUUUGGUUUUGGAGGCUUGUUCCAAAUGUCAUGGGAGGGGACAUGGGUGAGGACAGUUGGGGAAGGCUUACGGAUAAGGUGGCAUUUCAGCUGGUCUUAAGAGAUUUUACUGAGUACAUAGGAGAGGAAAGGGCAUGCUAAGCAGAGGGUACAGGCUCUGCAAAGGCACAGGGGUGUGGGUGUACGUGCACGGCAGAGCUGUUGAAAGGAGUUCACAGGUGUAACAUUUAUCUAAAGGCUUGUGGACUCUCAUGAAUGUCUGGGCAAACCUGAGGCAUGGGACAUAUGAGGGGACAAGGUAAGGGUCCUUCUCUCUCUUCCCUCUGCUGUCUGCUGUUGGGGUCCAUGCCCUAUGUCCUUCUGCUCCAGGUUGGCUGGCAGCCCAGGCUGCUGAAAGCACAUAAGAAGUGGCUCUUCCCAGCCUCCUACAGCUUCUUCUUCCUGCUCUCAGUGGUCAUGACUGGCUGUUUCCUGUGGCAGUAUCACCUCCCCAAGCUGAAGGCUGGUUCUUUGGGGCCAGGUGUGAGCUCUGCCCCUGUGAGGAUGUGUCCCCGGCACCCUGAGCCUGUGCCCUUGGUCCACCCCCUGCCCGUUUUGAAGGAGGCCCUGGAGAAGGUGGACAGGAUCCUGCUCCAGGCAAUGUCUGCCCCAGGCCUGGCUGCCAUGUCUGCAGUUGUCAUCCACAAUGACACCAUGCUCUGGAUGGGGAACUAUGGGAGGAAGAACGGCUCAGACCCCACUUCUGGACCCCCCAAUGAGUACACCAUGUACCGGAUCUCCGGCAUCUCCAAGAUCUUUCCAGUUCUCAUGCUGUACCGCCUGUGGGAAGAAGGCACUGUAGCCUCUUUAGAUGACCCUCUGGAGCGGUAUGCCAGCACUUUCACCAUUAACAACCCGCUGGACAUGGUAUCAGCCUCCAAACAGCAGACCCUGAUGGAUGAGCCAGAAGAGGUUGGCCCAGCCCCAAGGCCUUCACCUGUCACCCUCCGAAGGAUGGCCAGUCAGCUCUCAGGACUGCCCAGAAGGCUUCGCUCUACUUCUCUGUUGUGGAGGGGGAGCACCCAGGAGGCCCUGAGCCUGCUCAAGGAUGAUGUGCUGGUGGCGGACCCAGGAACCAGGUGCCAUUACAGCACACUGGCCUUCUCUCUCUUAGCCCAUGUCCUGGCAGCCCACACUGCCCAGGGUGACUACCAGCGAUGGGUCUCAGAGAACCUCCUGGAGCCCCUGGGGAUGGCAGACACCGGCUUCGACCUCACGCCCUCUGUGCGCGUCCGCAUGGCCGCUGGCUUCUAUGGCAGCGGGCGGCCGGCGCCACUGUACGACCUAGGCUGGUACCGCCCGUCGGGCCAGAUGUACUCCACCGCUGCCGACCUGGCCAAGCUGGCUAUGGUGCUCCUGGGCAGCGCGCCCCAGCGGCUCCUGAGGCCAGACGCCACCAAGACGCUGCUGGCGCCGCUACUGGCCUGCCCCGGAGCCUACUUCGCCAAUGAGACGGGCACACCGUGGGAGUUCCACGCUCAGCUGGGCUACAGCGUGGUGCGCAAGGACGGCGACCUGGACGGCUACGCCGCCACCUUCUCCCUGGUGCCCCCGCUGCGCCUGGGCCUCGUGCUGCUGCUGGCCGGGCCGCGGCCACCCGGGCCCGAUCUUGUGGCGCAGGCGUACGACGUGCUCCUGCCUGCUUUGGAAAGAGCCUUCCGGGAGGCCGAGCUCAGGCCGGCCCCGCCGCCCAGCGCACGCCCCUUCUCCGGCUACUUCACCUUCGCCAACCUGACAUUCUACGAGGUGCGGCCUGGGCCAGCGGGCGAGCUGCGCCUGCGCCAGUUCGGGCCCCGCGUCGAGGCGCUAGUGCUGCCCGCGUUCCGCACGCUGGCGCUGCGCCACCUGCGCGGCCGCGUCUUCCAGCUGCACGUGGCCCGCGAGUUCCCGUGCGCGCUGCCGCUAGGGGACGCUUGGCUCUCGCUCGAGGCCCAGCAUGGGCAGCUAGUCAACUUCUACCCCCUAGACCCCAACGGGCUGUCCCCUGGCUUUGACGUGCCGGGCCUGAACACCUACCGGGUGCUGAGACUGUUGCGCAAGCCCGUAUUCAAGACCCAGUGA